UCAUGCGCGAUGGAGUCUGUGAUGGCAGUAUGGUGUGUCAAGGUUGACGUUAGUUAAACCGUUUGUACAAUUAAUUGAGCCAUAAUUGUCAUUUAAUGAGAGUUAAAUAAAGUAGCGUUUAUACAGUGUUUAGCGCAACAACGCUGCGUACUUCCUCACAGGCUACACACUCCGCAGUCAUGGCCGCUCUGUCCAGCUAUGCCAUGCGCAUGGCCAGACUGAGCGCACAGAUCUUCGGGGGGGUUGUGCGUCUGACAGACUCCAGAUCUAUGAAGGUGGUGCAGCUGUUCCAGGAGCCUCCCAUGGCCAAGAGGAAGGAGGUGUAUGACUGGUACCCACAGCACAAGAUUUACUACGCCAUGACCCAGAAGCUGAGGUUCAUGGGACUGUUCAGAGACGAGCACGAAGACUUCAAGGAGGAGAUGCGUCGCCUGAGGAAACUGAGAGGAAAAGGGAAACCAAAGAAAGGAGAGGGGAAGAGAGCGGGCAAGAAGAAAUGAGCUGCAACAUUUCUACUGCUCUUUCUGUUGAUGGAGGCAGACAGCAUUGGACUGUGUACACCAUCAGUGUGUGUGUGUGGUGUGUGUGUGUGUGUGGGGGGGCUAAUCCUGAAAGAAUUCCAUUGGUCUGGUCAGGACUGUCCAGUUGCUUUGUCUGAAGCUUUUCUAUGUUGGCAAGAAUAAUUCCUUAGGUCAGCAUUACACAUGGAACAUUCUCUGUGUUGGUUGAAAUGAAGUGAAUUCCAUUCUUUCAUUACUGAACCUUGUUUGAUCUCUUGCAUUUAAGCUGCAGAAGGUGAAACAGUAUAGAGUCACAGCCCAUCAAAUGCUAACGUGCUUUUCAGCUGGGUACUACUAAAACUGAUCAUUCUGAUCAUCUGAGAGCACAUACAGCAAUAAGAAGCCUAUUAUGGACCCAGGACAGUAACAGUUUGGCGUUUUAAACAAAAGCUGAACUGAAAUGGGAAACACUGGCAUUGAAACAGGCUGUCAGUUGUUUUUUUCACUGACAGUGGUUUUCACUUUCAACUCGGUCACCUUUUUGGCGUGGAGGGAAGGGGUCUGAGGGCAGGGAGCGAGGACAGCGUAAAAAAGUCAGUGAAACAAGACUGACUUGAAGAAAAAAUCUGAAGAUUUUCAUCUCUGAAAAACAUCAGAAUGUAGUUAUAUAAAAAUAAUGUGAAAGUGAAGUAAUGUUAAUGCCUAUGUUUUAUUUUUCAAUGGAACUUUUUUCAGUGCCAAUAUGUACUUUCUCAGUUCAGCCGACACUUAAAGCCACUGUCCUGGCUGUCGGCUAAUGUUGGUCUAUCGCAGCUAUACUGUACCUCAUGUCAACCUGGGAGUAAGUGUUCGCUUAACUGUUAAUGGAAUGGCUGGAGAUUAUGUAACGAUACAGACAUCUUUCAUGUUUUCAAAAUAAAAGCAAUGUGAGAAAUGUGUA